AUGUCGCAGCACGUGGGGGGUGAAAAGAUCCAAGAGGCAUCUUCUCCGCCGCCCGCGUCUCGCCCGACCAGCGCCUCCCCACCCCCGCCUCCGGUGGCCGAGGAAGUGCCGAACAUUACGUUUACCUUCUUCGAGGCAAAGGAGGCGAAUAAGACGAACGGAGAGGUGGAGGUCGCCGACGAAGCCACUCCGGACGAAGAGUGGGAGGACGAACCCCAGAAGGAGAGGGAGGUCACGGAGACCGUGGUGGCGUCCCCGCAGCGCAUCUCGGUGGCCAUGACGUCCGACGGGGACGACGAGUUCGUCGACGCGAGAGGCACUUCCUCCGACUCGGACUCUCCGAGCCCCAGCCGCGCGUCGAGGCCCGUUUCCGCGGCGAGACCCGCGUCCGCGCCGUCAGCGCAGGACGAGGAGCCAGAGUACGUCUGCGUGGAGCGGCGCUCCGCGACCUCUCCGGACAGGGGAGAGACGCCGUCCGCCACGGUCAACCCCAUCUACAGGUCGCCGUCGUACUCGCACGCCGUGGAGGAGGGGCUGUACUCGUGCCCGCGGCCGCAAGGCGCUCCCCCGCCGCCGCCCCAGGGGUCGCCGCCCGCGCCCCCGUCCUCGGCGCCACCCCCCGUGCCCGAGCCCGAUUGGACGAGCACGGACAGCGGCAGCAACGUGAUGACGAGCGAGUACUCCACGUACUACGUGCUCCCCACCGGCGAGCCCACCAGCCUGGACGGCGCGGCGGGCGCCAACGGCGCGGCGCCCAGCAGAGACUACGAGGAGCUGGAGUACUGCAGCCUGCGGGCGUCGCAGCGCGCGCGCCGCCCCAAGUCCAUGGCCGCGGGGGUCCCCGGGGAGCCGGCGGCGCCGCGGCCGCGGGUGCAGCGCGUGCGCUCCCGCCUGGGCCGCGCCUGGCGGUCGGUGCGCGGCUGGUGGGAGGACGAGCGUGCGCGCCUCGGCGACACCCUCAUGCGCCACGUGCACGCGCAGGCCGUGGGCGCCUUCGACCGGCCGCAGUCCCCCGGGGGCACGGCCAAGGCCAGCGCCGCCCAGAGCUGCGACCACCUCGACGGCGAC